ACUGUACCUAUUAUAUUAUUAAUCUCAUUACAGCGUUGAUACGAAGUAAGGAGUAGACCCAGGGUUAAUGAAAAACGCGCGCUACGCGUCAGCUAUGCGCUCUGUGUCUUGCGGCAGCACUAUCGUGUGCAAUGUACUGACCUUGUUAGACUUGUAUUCAUAAGGCGUUGAUUCUGCAUGUUUUCUACGAUCGUACGCAUGGUGAUUCUGAAAAAUGGAGAAUAAUAACAUAAGCCAAACAAAUCCUCCACCGGAUCCUGACGAUAUACUCUUUGAUUAUGAUGCUGGAUUAGACAGAUCAUUACGAGAAUCAACAGUGGAUUGGAAAAAGUCGGAAGUGUCUUCAACACCGAUCUUGGGAGUAGAUGAAAAAGUCAAAAUUACCAGGCGUCGAUAUACUGUCAAACUGGAUGAGAGUCGGUUAUUAUCACACUCCGGAAUACCAAAACUACGCCUUACAGCGAAGCAUAAACUGGGGCUCAAGGGUAAAGGGCAUGAGUUUUCCGAUGCUGCCCGGUUAUUAAAUUUCUACCAAUUAUGGCUGGAUGAUUUGUUCCCUCGGGCCAAGUUUGCCGAUGGCUUGGCUAUCAUUGAAAAACUCGGUCAUUCCAAACACUUUCAGACAAUGCGAAGAGAAUGGAUAGAAGAAGAGAAGCCUCGGCGACCCACCGGCGAGUCUGAAGACACGCUGAAGAUGAGGCUUUCGAGCCAAUGCGCCUUUGGGGGUGUCGGAAUUCCUAAUGAGCAUUAUAACAAUAUAGAUACAGUGCUAUUCCAAGGAGAUAACACGAUGCAGCCGCCUUUAGGGAGUGAUCCCGGACAGUCGCGUUCGUUUACGAAAGAGGGCGUCUCGAUUGAAAACUUGUCUUUUACAAAUGAGCCCCCUAUCCAACCACAAAUGAUUCACGAAAGCAUUCCCAAUGAUGAUGACGACGAGCUGGAUGCCCUCCUGAAAGAGCAUGAGGGUGGUAGUGAUAUGUCAGCAAGACCAAGCUUAAAGAACAGUGUCAAUGGGUAGGUAUAUGGGUGAUCUAGAGAAAUGUGAAAAUUGUGAACAUUCUGAACAAUAGACUUGCCAUACGUCUCAGAAAGACAUGACCCUUACAUUGGCCUCCCGCAACUGAUAUUAAUCGGGAACCGAAGAUUAUCUAUUGUAUUUUAUGCCGGGGUGGCUAAUCAGAUUACAAUGACUGGACUUUUUGUCCACGCACUCGGGUAUAUGGUGUUGAAAUCAAAU